AUGAAUGAAUUUCUCGAUAAAUAUGGAACCGAUACAACUACAAACUUUCAACUUAUGAGAUGGACGAAUGAGUUAAAUAUAUCACCGUUUUAUUAUUGUAUGAGAGAUGAAAUAAAUGAUCUGAAAUAUAAGAAAGAAACUAAAAAACCUAACAGUACAACGUGGAUAAAUAAAGCGAAACCUUACUUUGUGGAUCAAAUCGGAGACACUCUUCAAGGUGAUUUAGAUAUGAACAAUUUUAGCAUAACUAAUUCAAAGUCUCCGGAAAACGAUAAUGACGCCAUUCACAAGAAAUAUUUACGAGAACAAAUAUAUUCAAUUGAAGAUAAGAUUGCAAAACAAAAAUUAGACAUUCAACAAUUGAUAGAUAACAUUCCAGAUGAAAAUGAAGAUACGUUUCAACAGGAAUUAAAUGCUCUGGAAACUAAACUUAACAGUGAAUUACAAAAAGAACUAACAAAUAUUAAAAAACAAAUACAAAACAUAGAUGAUAGCGAAAUCAAAACCUAUAUUCAACAACAAAUACAAAACAUAGAUGAUAGCGAAAUCAAAACCUAUAUACAUCAACAAAUACAGAACAUUGAUGAUAGUGUUAUUCAACAACAGAUAACUACUAUUAAUAACCUAGUUUUGAAACAGGACAAAAAUAUAGUCGCAUUAGAAAAAAAGUUUCUCAAGAAAGAAUCAUAUUAUUUCAAUCUUCCAUUUAAAAAUUUGAGAGAUUACAAUACUUCUAUUACUGAUAUUUUUGAUAGAUCAAGAGACUAUGAAUAUAAAAAAUAUGGAAUUACAGCAAAUAUUAGAGUAUAUUCUCCAACUAGUAUUAAUCACCCCCAAUAUAUUUUUGAUUCAAAUCUUGAUUUAUAUUCAAUACCUUUUAUUUUUCAUGGAAAAAUUACAAUUGAAAUAACUUUCCCCUUUCAGGUAAAAGUUGAUUCAAUAUUCUUCAAACAAAUCUCAUAUUCAUCAAAUAUAAAAUUUAUCAUUCGUAAAGUUCUUCAGUUUAUCAAUGGUACAAAAAAUGUAGAAACUAAAGAAUUAGAAAUUAACGACGAAAACACCAUGGUUGAUCACUUAUAUGAAAUUAAAACGAGUGGAAAAUAUAUAGAUAGGUUUAGAAUGUUAAUCAUACCAGAUAAAGAAAAACAUGGAUUUAUAUUGAGAGAUUUUGAUAUGAUAUUGGAAACGGAAACUCCACCAUCAAUGAAUAUUAUUAGAAAUCCAGAACCACAAAAAGAAACAAACAGUUAUGAGUUUUUACGAGCAACAGAGUUUGAAUAUGUAAAACUAUAUUUUGUUGAUAAUGAUAUAUUUACCUCAAAUGAUAUUCAUAAAAGUCAACAAAAACAAACAUUUUUAAUAAGAGAUGAUGCAUAUGUUUAUAGUUUCUAUUGA